AUGGAGCUUCCAUGGAGUGUCGUGCUGCUGGCGCUGCUCUCCGUCUCCGCCUCCUCCGCCGUCGCCACACUCGCCGUCACCGCCCCGACUCCGGCCCCGGCCCAUGCUCCUGCCCUGCCCACUGCACCGGGCCCUGCACGACCUCGUCCGAUUCCGGACGGUGAAGGUAUGCUCAUCAACGGCAACUUCGAGACGGCGCCGAGGAAGGUGAACAAGACCCUCAUCGUGGGCCGCCACUCGCUGCCGGGGUGGGUGCUCGUCGGCCACGUCGAGUACGUCUCCGCCGGUCCGCAGCCCGGCGGCAUGUUCUUCGCGGUGCCGCACGGCGUGCACGCGCUCCGCCUCGGCAGCCACGCAUCGGCGUCCCAGAACGUGUCCGUGCGCCCCGGCGCGUUCUACGCGCUCACCUUCGCCGCCACCCGCACCUGCGCGCAGGACGAGGCCCUCCGCAUCGCCGUUUCCCCCUCGCUCUCGGCCCCCGCCGACGUCGCCGUGCGCACCCUCUACAGCGCCGACACGGCGGACACCUGGGCGUGGGGCUUCCGCGCCUCCUCCCCCGUCGCGCAGGUCACCUUCAGCAACCCCGGCCUCCAGGAGGACGCCGCGUGCGGCCCGCUCCUCGACGCCGUCGCCAUCAAGGAGCUCCCCACGCCGUACCCAUCCAAAGACAACCUCAUCAAGAACGACGGCUUCGAGAUCGGGCCGCAGGUGUUCAAGAACUCCACGGUCGGCGUGCUGCUACCGCCGAAGCAGAAGGACACCACCUCGCCCCUCCCGGGCUGGAUCAUCGAGUCCCUCAAGGCGGUGCGCUACAUCGACGCCGCCCACUUCUCUGUCCCGGCCGGGCAGUACGCGGUGGAGCUGGUGGCGGGGCGGGAGAGCGCCAUCGCGCAGGUGAUCCGCACCGUGCCCAACCGCGCCUACAACCUGUCCUUCGUCGUCGGCGACGCCAAGAACGGCUGCCACGGCUCCAUGCUGGUGCAGGCCUUCGCCGGGAACGUCACGCAGAAGGUGCCGUUCGAGUCCACGGGCAAGGGCGGGUUCAAGCCCACCAGCCUCAGGUUCGUCGCCGCAGGGAUCAGGACCAGGGUCACCUUCUACAGCUCCUUCUACCACACCAAGGCCACCGACGGCGUCUCGCUCUGCGGCCCCGUGCUGGACCAGGUCAAGAUCGUGCCGCUCAAGCUCUAG